AUGAGCAGAAACAUCACAGGUAAACCUAUCACGCAAACAAGAGAAACCAAACAAAAGCUACAUCUGUAUCACAAGAAAAGAACAUCUGCAACGGUUGAAAGGCGUGUUAUGGAGUCAAUGGGAGACUUUGAAAAGAUCUGGCGUGAACACUGUGAGGAUGAAGAAACACUCUGUGAAUAUGCUGUAGCAAUGAAAAACCUUGCAGAUAAGCACUGGGCAAAAACUUAUGAAGGGGAAGGCCGAAUUGAAUGGUGUUGCAGUGUGUGCAGAGAAUAUUUUCAAAAUGGUGGAAAAAAGAAAGCACUUGAAAAAGAUGAGAAAAGAGCACUUCUUGCCUCUAAGACCACGGCAGCCUUAAAUGUUCACCAGACUCCUAAAACUGAAGAUCCAUUGCCCAACUUCAGCUUCACAAAUCAUGAAACCAUAACAGAAGAAUUGCUCUACCCCUCAGGAAAGAUCAGAUUGCUUGAUGUUGGCAGCUGCUUUAAUCCAUUUCUAAAGUUUGAAGAAUUUUUGACUGUUGGUAUAGACAUCGUCCCAGCUGUUGAGAGUGUAUACAAAUGUGACUUCCUAAAUCUUCAGAUUCAGCAACCUCUCCAGUUGGCACAAGAUGCUAUAGAUGCCUUUCUUAAACAGUUGAAAAAUCCCAUCGAUUCUCUACCUGGAGAACUCUUCCAUGUGGUGGUUUUCUCACUUCUCCUUUCAUACUUUCCAUCACCUUACCAACGAUGGAUAUGCUGCAAGAAGGCCCAUGAACUUCUAGUGCUGAAUGGCUUGUUGCUUAUUAUCACUCCUGACUCCUCCCACCAGAAUCGCCAUGCUAUGAUGAUGAAAAGCUGGAAAAUUGCCAUAGAAUCACUGGGUUUUAAACGUCUCAAGUAUUCGAAGUUUUCUCAUAUGCACCUAAUGGCAUUUAGGAAAACUUCCCUGCAAACGACAAGUGACUUAGUUAGCAGGAACUAUCCAGGGAUGCUGUAUAUUCCACAGGAUUUCAACAGUGUAGAGGAGGAAGAAUAUUCUAACACUUCCUGUUAUGUUCGAUCAGACACAGAAGAUGAACAAAUAGCUUACAGUUUCAUGGAGCUUCCUGAAGCCCCUUAUGACUCAGACUCUGGAGAAAGCCAGGCUAGUUCUAUCCCUUUCUAUGAGCUAGAAGAUCCUAUAUUACUUCUAAGUUAAUAUAACAUUUGACAUGCCCUUUAAGUCCAAACUUUAUUGUUUAACUAAUUUCGCUAUACUAACAUGGGCUCAGUACAUAAAAAUGGUUUGCAUAGAUGAAAUGCAACAGUUUACAGAGUUUGCUAUUUUUUUCUAUCUUGAAUUUUAAAAUUUAUUCUUGUAUAAAGGUGAAGAAUACAAGUUUUAUGCAAAUGACUUGUCAUAGCAUAAAUUCUUGUUAUGUUCUUUAGGAUUUGUAUCACUAAAUUUUUCCAGAAAGGUACCAUUCUUUUCUUCAGUGCUGUGAAGUGUGUAAAUUCUAUUUAAUUUGCUAAAUGUCUUGUUUCGCUAUUUUUAAAUGCUUAUUAAAGUUGAAGCUUAAGACACUGGAGUUGGUGGACUCAGUGUAUGUAGGAAGGAAAUAAUUUGCACUUUGAUAGUUAAAUGUGCAGAUAGUUUGGAGUAAGAUGUUGGGUUAAAUUUGUCCUUUUUUCUCUUUAACUGAACAAAGCAUUUGCAGAAAGCUGUUUCAUUCCGGUUAAGCUUGGGCUGAAGAAACUAAUGCUUGUACAUCUGGCUUUACUUAUGUUGCACUUUCUACAACAGUCUGAGGUAAUGGCAAAAUGCAGGGGGACAUUUUCUUCUCAAUAUGCAUUGUAAUAUCUAAUUGCAUAGAGAGGUUAGGCAGACUUGCUGACUAGAGACUACCCCAACAAAGAAAUAUGGUAGAUUCAGACAAUCUUUUUAUCACUUCAUUUGGAAAGUUUGGGUAAUUUUAUGGUUUUGGUAGCACUAAUGCAGCAGUAUUGCCCAUAUUGCAUAUUCCACUACCCCCCCCCCACCCCCGGAAAUAAUCUUUGUGUAAUAUUUUAACAUACAAAAUUUAAGGUGAAAAAGAUCAGUUGUAUUAUUUUUUUUAAAUCUUUUACAGAUCUUAUUUGCAGAAUUCCCAAAUUGCAUAGUUAUGACAGCUGGCUGACUUUUAUAAAUGGUAAGGCCUAAUUCUACAACUACCUAAGGAAAUAUGCACGCUUAUUUGAGUAGUCACUUUGACCACUCAUUUGAGUUCCGUUAUACAUAUGGCCUUAAGUGUUUGCAAGAUUGAGGCUUUAUGUAGUAAAUAUAGCAUUUUGUUAAAAAAUUUUAAUUAGAGUAGUCAAAAAGUUGCUUUCAAAUUAAGCAGCUGAGAGAAAAAAUCUGUUCUGUAAACAUGCUGAAAUAAUCUGUAUAAAUCCAUAAGAAAUCUGUACCUUGCAGACAAAUACUAUUUAGAGGUGGAAACAGAUGCUCUGUUUAUAAGUACUGGAGGGAGGGGUGUCUUGUUUUGUUGCUCCCUUUGUUUUUUUUGUUUUGCUUUUUUAAUGUUCUUCCGCUUGGCAAAACGUACAGACCUGGAUGCCCAAAGUUUGGGUCUUCAGUAAUUUGGGGUACCUAAAAAAGUGACACAAAUUAGAUGCCAGAACAUGGAUUUAAUAUCCUAAGAAAGAACAUGCAUUGAAAAAUGUGGUCCAGAAGUCCUAAGUAGGAAAACAUUAGUUUCCUAAUGAUUACAAUAGAAACUUCAUAGGUCAUGUUAUCAAACUGUAGUCUUGUAUUCAUCAGCCAGAAAUUAGUGGGUAAACAGCCUUUUCUAAUAUGAAUUCUUCAAGUGGUUCUUUUAAAGACAAUACUUAAGUUUCCACUGGAAUUUCAAUUUGCUGUAGUUGUUUUUCUUUUUAAAUACUGUAUUUUCUAGAUAGCUGAUCCUAUUUACACUAAUAUUUUCACAAACUGUAUUGUUUGUUUAACAUAAGCUUGUUGUACCUUUUGCACAUCACACAAAAAAGAAAAAUCCCCUACACAACCAAACUUGAUUGCUCUUAAAUGGGAGUGAUACAGUUAGUUGGAAACUAAAAAAAUUUAUAAUUAAAAAUGGAAAAAUUUUAAGACUAGAUGUAAGCAUUAUGAAUUAAAGCUCAUGCUGUUUUAAGAUAUUAUAAGAAUUUAACAGGAAGCUACUGAUUUAAAUGAAAUUAAUGGUAUAUUUUCAAAUUAAGUUACAUUACAUAAAUUAAAUAGAACUUGACGUUCAUAUCUAGUGCUUAAAAUACACUUUCACUAAAUUUAAGAUGCUUAGCAGUCAAAAUCCCCUUCUUCCCAGUUGAGCCCUGCUGGAGUCAGUGGUUAUGUUAAAGCUAAAAUGUUGGUGCUAUAAAUUCUUAAGUGUUUACACAAAUUACUGAUUCUUCUCAUGUUCAAGUGUUCAUGGCAUAUUUCAAUUGGUACUUUUAAAAAGCUAUAUAAAACAUAUUUACUGUCUAGCAUUAAUGUAUUGAUAUAAACCUGCACACGUGGUUUGAUUCAUUCAAAGAGUAUGGCUAAGAAUUCAGACCAAGACCACCUCAGUAGAAAUAGUUUAAUCUUUGAACACAAGAAUUCAGCCUGUCUGGCAGCUUGUGACAAUGUUUUUGUGGUUUAGGGACCUCAAAUAAUUAUAAAAACUCUGGUUCUUUUGCUGCCCAAUCUAAGUAUCUCAAUUGCUUUCCGGAUGUGGGGGGGGGGGGGGUGCGCAGAUGUGUUUUUGGGUGAAGAAAAGAGGCUUCCUGCUAUUUCUUCAACCACCCAUGACGGGAGAGAAAUAUCAGAAACUUCUAGACAGCUUUGGUUCAGGAAGAAUGUAUAUAUUUUGAAACUCCUCAAAAUCAUGACUGGACGAGAGAUGAGGAAAAUGAUCCCCAUACUCUAGGCGUCAGGAAAACAGACAUACCAUAAUGUUUUGUUUGCAUUUUGUUGUCUUUAUUUCACUCCUUUUUGUGAACAAAGCACAUUUAUUAAAAAAAUAUUUUAAAAGCG